CCGGGGAAACGGACCCGUGCCUCCGAGUUGUGCAGCAAUGCCGUCACGUGACACUCGGAAAGGAGGAAUGCCAACAUGGACCCGUGGCAAGGACGGGGUGUGAGCGUGCGACGACAAUAACACGACGGAGGGAGACGCUAAAAGAGGGAAGAGGGAGAUAUAAACACACGGAAAGAGCCCGACGACGUCGCCGCUUCUCCCCCCCCCCCCCGCACCGCCGCCUCCUCCGGACCGAGCCUCCUCCGAACGACGCACGGUUGGUUUUUGGCAUCGCACCCCUGGAUAGUGUUUGCUCUCCAUCCUCUCCGCUGCAUUCGGCCGGGAUCAAUGGUGUCCCUCAGCAGCAGACCGCUGACCUCGGAGAAUGAUGUGUUCAGGGACAGCAGCAUGUUCUCCCUCGGCCUGGUAGACGGAGCCUGCAGGAUGGUGGGAUGCUCGGCCUCCUGCGACGGCCCAGAGGUCGUGCAGCUGUGCGCCGUGCACAGUUUCAGCGCCGAGGAGGAAGGGGGGGACGAGGACGAAGACGAUGACGCCGAUGGGACGUGUCUGCAUAUUUUUCUAGGGGCAGAGGGGGAAGAGGAGCAGGCGAGACGGGAGCCUAAGCUUCUAGACUUCCCUUUCCCACCGUCUUCCCCGUUUUCCCCGAGCCUGGAGGACAUCGACGAGUUCUUGAGGGAGAAGAUGGAGGUGGUCAAAGAGGGGCUACUAGCCCCGAAGGAGGAGGCCUCCCCUCUAGCAUGUAGUGGCUCCCCGUCCUCCGCUGCGCCGGCGGCUGCUCCCUCAGACACUUCUCGCGACCUGGAGACGGGCGCCCCUCCCUGCGCUUCAAACGCCCCUCAGAACGGGCCAAAGAGCCCGAGCCCAGCCGGCCUCUCCCCCUCCGCCCGAGCCAACCCGUCUCCCACCGCGAGCCCGCCGAUGCUCCUGGGCGGUCCGCUGGUCCUCCAGCUACAGCCCCAACCUGUGGCCCGUUCACCGAUGCCAGCGGGCUCGCCGCCCGCGGCCCAGAGUGGCCUUUGGCUCACCCAUCUGGUCAUGGGGCUCCAGGGUGCAGCCGGGCAAAAUCUCACCCUGCUGGCUCCGCAGGGGACCUCCGCCACCACCGCCCUGCUGUCCCUGCACGGCGGAGACGCCAAGUCGCCCGACCAGAAGUACGUGAGGAUCGCCCCACUGCCCAUCACCGUGAGGACUCUAGAGAUCACGGGCGUGGCUGGGAUGGGCGGCCCGAGCCUGUUGAAAGCCAUGGCCCCCCGGGGGACCAGGCUGGGGCCUACGGAGAGGGUCCACAAGUGCUCCCACCCAGGCUGUGGGAAGAUGUACACCAAGAGCAGCCACCUGAAAGCUCACUUCCGCCGCCACACGGGGGAGAAACCCUACACGUGUAGCUGGCCCGAGUGCGGCUGGAGGUUCUCCCGCUCCGACGAGCUGUCCCGCCACCGGCGCUCCCACUCCGGCGUCAAGCCCUACGAGUGCUCGCUGUGCGAAAAGAAGUUUGCCCGCAGCGACCACCUAUCCAAACACACCAAGGUGCACCGCAGCUCCAGGCCCGGCAGGAUUAUCAGAGCCACCGUGUGAGACGCCCUCUGCCGGCCCCUGGCCCCCGCCAUGUCAUGCACACCCCACCCCCCCCUGGCUUUUGGGAAGGGGGGGGGGGGGCGGGGUUCCCGGGCCUCCGUUGGGACUUUUGGUGCUUUCACUAACAGAACAUUCAGAAGAAUGGUGAGAGGUUUCCCCACACACGUUUUGCAUCUUUCUUCCGAGUGGCUCUACUGAGCUGCCACCUCAGGAAAAAGUCAGCUGAAAGUGGAUUUCUUGGCCUGUGUGUGUACACACACACACACACACACACACACACACACACACACACACACACACGCGCUGUCACAUUCUUACAGAGGCCCCUCUUGCAACCACUGAUCACACUACAGUGGCUUCCAGCAACAGGAGAAUAUCUAAUUCUGUAAAUUCUACCUUUUGUGAUUGGCCUCGUUCCCCAAAGGCUAAACUUCCGGGUUCAACACAGAGAAAGCUUUUUUUACUUUCACAAAGUAAUGUGUUCUACCCGCAUGGACGCCGAUCGCUGGAAGUGUGAAAUUGUGAUUAUGUCCUGAAUUGGGCCCAGCAAGGGGGGGGGGGGAUCCUAGCUUCGUGGUUAUUACCGCUCU